GUGUUUUUCUUUGGUAGACGUAGUAUUUUAAAAUGGUGGCGAAUGAUAAUGAUCUUAAGUCUGUACUAGUUCUUGCUUAUAAACAUCUACUUUUUUUGCUUGUGUUUGUGUCGUGUGUGGUGCGAUCGUUAAACUAUUACGAAAUAUAAAACACAAGUUUCUAUGACGACAACAGUCAUUCAAUAGCAAGCAUACAUUCGAUAAUAAAACAUACAAAACAUGUAUAUGUUACUAAUAAAACAUGUUUACAUUACAGAUACUCUGCUGUCGUCAACAGAACACGAUUUCUGUUUACAUGGCUGGAUUGCCGAUUCGUUUGUUUGCCAAAACAAAUAUUGAAUCUACGCUAUGGAAUGAAGAAGACCGACUGGCUGACCUUUUCUUCAAACCUCAGAACUGAAUAUGUACAUUACUAUAUUGUGUGCGGAAUAAAAUUAUCUACAGAAUUUGCCCACUGAUGUUUUUGCUAGAAGGGGCUAACACUUGAAAGAUUGGGAUGUGCUUCAUGCAGAGACUGCAUGGGGUUUAUCCAAUGUAACGCAUUUGGUUGAUUUGAAAUUGUCGCUUCCUUUGACUUGAAAUACAUGAACUAAUGUCUAAAUAGUAUUACUAGACAGAGAGUUCCCUCUAGUAUGAUGGUCACCUCAGCUAAAUAUUUUCAUUUUAGCAUCUAAGAUUAAGACUGCAGCCGUUACUUCGAACGCUGAGUGUCGUUUGCAAUGCUCUAUCUUCUAUCCAGGCCAUGAUAUACAAAAGCGUUCGACCUUUUUUUAGACGUGAAUCUUUUUGUCCGACUGUAACCCUUUUCAACAACUAGUCAGUAUAGACAAUGACUACCUAUCUCUUCUUCGCAGCCCUACUCAUGGUAUCCACACCAGUUAAACGUUAGGCAUGCAAACUGUAACGGUACAUUCAGCAAACCGCCAAUAAAAAGAACAUAAUUAAACUACAAAGACUAUAUUUUGCAUGCGCGGAAACGCUUUCUUCCGUGUUUCUCGUUCAUAGAGGACUAUAUGUAAUUCUCAAAUGCUGACGCGGGUAGCAAUGUCGCUUUGUUGCGUAUGUUUGUUCGUUGUUGUGAUUUAUGUCUGUCAAUGUUUCUAGCGUCCGCCGCAGCGUCGGGAAAUUUUCCGCUUCCUCCGAACCUUCUAGCGAAGUUGGGUUUGUCUCAGACAAGUGUUGCUGGUGGUCCUGGGGGAUCGGUCAAUGCCGGGCCUAGUCCCGAGGCUGUUCAAGCUUUGGAGACGCUUCAGGGCCUUCAACAAGCCGCUGUCGUUGCUGCAGCUUCCAGCAACAUUGUCCUUUCACUUCCCCCGUCACCUGCCGCAACUGCAUUGUCGACCUGCUCCGUCCAAAGUUCCUCUGCUUCUCAGAACAACGCUAGCAGCGCUGGUACAUCGUGUCUCGCUGGCUUCAUACUGAAUGGCCAACUAAAUCCGCGUCGUCACCAUUGUGAAGUAUGUGGAAAGCAGUUUCAGUCACCCAGUCAUCUGAGGAUCCACAUGCGUAGUCAUACGGGUGAACGACCCUAUGCAUGUCAGUUCUGCGACUAUCGUGCCACACAGCUCGGCGCCUUGAAGAAACACAUUGAAGGCAUUCACCAUAAGUACAUGCAGAAUAAGAGACCCUCGCUAGUUCCUUUCAACUAAAAUGAAGACAAGCAUAAUGACGAUGAUGAUCGUAUUUUGAUAAAUGAUUGAUGCCUACUGGAAACAUUUUGUCCAACGUAUAUAUGUAUUGGGAAAGUACAAAUGUUACAUAGCCACAUAUAUCCUGCAGCAUAUUAAGCAUACCCUAAUAGUCCACUGAUUUUGUAUCUCCCUGAUUGCCAUUAAUGUCUAAUAUUUUGAAAUGGAUCAAGGGCAGGACGGCGAUCGUCCACGAUUCGUGAGGCGGAAGAUCUCGAAUUCUUUGAAGCUAAUCCAGGAAUGGGGAAAAGCCUGGACUAGCUGUUACCUCGGCGCAGGAACUAUGAGAUUGUUGAAAAGAUGUCGGAGAUCUCGCGAGCACAAAACCAUUCACUGCGCCAAACACUAUAGCGGUUGAUGAAUUACUUUAUAAUAACCAGCUUCGCUUUUUACGCGUGAAGGCGAGCUUCGAAUCACGAUGGUAAUGGGAUAAUUUUCUCCAGGAUUCGCAACUGGAAAGCUGAUCUGUUCAACAGAAAUUUUUCGAACCUAGAAAAUCAGUCAACGGCCCCCAUAACGUAAGAGAUGCUCGACAUAUUCCCCCUUUCAAAUAUAAGGCAGCGUGUUAAUUUUGUCUAUGUAGAACUGGACCGUGUACGGCAAACGCCUAGCGAGACACCAUAGCAAUUCGUGUCUGCUGUGUGGCCUUUAAGGAGAUUAACAAUCAAAUCGACUCAGUGGUUUGAUGGGGGAGCGGGGGCUCUCUAUUCGUAGACAUGUAUGAUGAGUGAGAUAUUGGCGAUGUAUAGAUGCCAUAACAUGUAUGUUCAUAGCGUGUAUACUUUUCCUUUAUUAAGCGUGACUACUCCGAUGAGCGUAUACCUAUAAAUGCACUGUACAGUAUCUAGGUAGCAAAUCAAAGCUGAACCAAUCUAGACUAGAUUUUAUAGUGCUGACGUCUAAUCCAUCAACGGCUAGAUUGAUGCGCAGAGAUCAAGCCACGCUUAGAGAUGAAAUACGCAACCUACUGUAAUAGAAAGGCUCCAUUACGCGCGUGCCACUGGUUUGUAGGAAGGCUUUACCUCACGUUUUUGUUACUACAAUCUACAGCGUGCCAGUUCGAAAGUGGUAAACAAAUGUACAUGCGAACAAUACGUCACUAUUGGAUUUGUUUAAAUUAAAAUAGAGAGGAAAAAAAAGAGGUGUAAGCACGAUGAUAAAGUGGUCACCCGUUGGCAUUGUUUAAAAAUAGAAGACCGCGCGACCUUGGAGCCCUGGAAAUUUUUAUUGACUGAGCUUAUUUUUGUUGAAGGUAUAAUGAUGUUUCCAGGUUUUGCAAAAAAAAACCGCACGAAAUGAUCUUUCCAGCCCUUGUCGUCGCCAGCGUCGAGGAUGCGCUCAGUCAUUCGUACGACGAAAAGUUGACAUGAUCUCAAUCAAUCAAUCAAUCAAUCAUAGAUUACCUAUACAGAUAGUUCCUAUAUGACAAACGCGUUUAUAGCACGUAGAACAAUGUUACUAUGGUUAUCCUAUGAGCUAUUUGCAAUUGCAUUCUUUUCUCUCGCAAAGGGGCGCGCCGCACGAUGCUGGAGGGUGGUUUUUACAGCGAAUUACCAUUUAUGGCCUGUUCCAGUCGCGGAAGAGGCGUUGACUAAUUAACGAAACGGAUAUAAUGUCUAAUGAUUUCAUUUUGUCCAGGGUAAAACUACAGCCUCCUGUCAUAUUCGACAGAAUUCAAAUUACUGGAUUUUUGAAAUAUAAAAUUAAUUUGUACAUUUGC